AUGGCUUGCAAUGAGCCGGUGCUCUGCGCUUCUCGAAGCGCUGUCGGAGCGGUGGAUCUGCCCAAGCAGAGCCAUGCUCAGGGCCAGAGCCUGCAGGGGGCGAUGAUCUUCGAUGCCGAUGGCAAAAAGCAUACUGGCCAUCGCCAGAUCAACAACUUGAGCACUUGGGUAUUCUUGACGCCGACCAAAGGCCCUUGGCAGGUCUACAUCAACGCUUACGCCGGCCAGGGCAAACGGUUCAGCCUGCAGGGCUACGCGCCGCACGGUUCCAUGAAGAUCAAGGAGAUGGAAUGCUCUUACAAGGACUUCCUCGACAAAAUCUAA